GUGAAGUGGUUCAUCAUCAGCGGUCUGUGAACAGACGUUUCGUACGGAGGAUUGGCGCGUCUUUCCACAUGGAUAUCGUCUUAAGGAAGAGCGGACUCGCAUUGUGUACUGAUGAUGCGGACUGGACACCCAGGGUGCAGUAAGGCUCCUCACAUCAAAAGAGCAUCAUGUGGUGUUUCUAGCAGCAAGUUUCUAGUCAGGCUCUUCAUUUCAAAGGACCCUUACGUGGUGUUUCUAGCAGCUCUGCAGAAGACAGAUGCCCAACUCAGACACAAAACCAACGUGAGUUACUUUGGGUAAGAGUCAUGCUCUUUACGUCAAAUGACCAAUAUUAAAUAGCAGCUUGGCAGACAACACUGGGAUGCUCAACUCAGAUAUAAACCAACAUGAGUUACAUAUAGUAAGAGUUGUUUGAUGAUCACUUCAGAGUAUUCUCAGCAACAAUGAGUCUAAAUAUGACCCAGCGUAACAUUGCAUCAAUAGCCGAGGUCCACCCAACGGGGAUGGAUCUGUUUGAGAUGACAGCACCACCGGGGGAUCUCACCACUUCAACACCCAUGGAUAUCCCGUGUGAAUGGGCAUCAACCACGGAGUAUUUGCAAUCUGCAUUUGAUAUCCACGUCUAUGGGUACGCUGGAGUGUAUAUAUUGACUGGUAUAGUGUCCGUCAUUCGUCUGUAUCGCCUGUACACAUUCCGAGCCGGACGCCUUAUGAGCGGGUUUCAUGUUAAACUCAACAUGCACAUUUCUACGUUAAUAUUCAGCCUUUUGCGAACAGUCAUGUUAUGCCUUGACCCGUAUGGGUUUAAAUGCAGAGUACCACCUCUUUUGAUCAGGUUGCUGAUGUCAAUGGCCUUUCCAUGUCUUGCCGUGGCUUUUAAUUUACUUCUCUUGCUAUUACUAGAAACCACUAAAUUAUACCCGAACUUAUCGUGUAUUAAACAUCAGACGCUGACUUUGGUUGGCAGUGCUGGGGUGUACUCAUUGGUUCUUAUAUUAAAGGAUUUACUCCUUGACUAUGACGCCAUAUCGGCAAUCAUCUUUGAUAUAUUUGCCUUGAUUAUCUACACUAUCUGGGGUGUGGUUAUGAUGAUUGGUUACUUCUUUGUUGCCUGGAAGAUACGAAGCAGUCUUCGAACCAGCGGCAGCCCGGUUGAGAGUGAAGCGCUUCGACGUUUUUCCGGACUCCUCCAAGCAUGUGGUAUGGUUGGGCUCUUCACGCUCAUGACGCAGAUACUGUACGCGAUCUGCAAGUACGGGCUGCCGAAGCCUUUUAUCACCAAGAACCCAUGGGUGUGGUGGUGCCUGCAGUCGGCACUCUUCAUGUUUGAAUCAGUCAUGUCAUGCUUACUCAUGGUUGUUGCAAGCCGAACAGACAAUAAGAGACAUGUGAAUGUAGCACCGUGUACAACUUGGGAGUGGCCACGUAUGCAUGGUUGGAACCUAGAGGCUGUACCAACUCGACCAGGGAGACCUGUGCCAGCCGGGAUGAACGUCAAGAAGAAUUCACCCGUACAUCCCACACAGUCUACCAAUGCCAGACAAGAUGGCUGCACUCCACACGUGUAAAUUCCAUCAAAGCGAAAACAAUUGCUGAUUAAGCACGUGUACACUGUUUUAACAGUUGAUGGAUGUUGACAAGUGUAUUAAAUAUACUCUUCAUUGAUCACCACGUGCACAAACCUCACAAGAUUGCAACAGGAACAGCACACGAGCACUUGCCGUAAAACAAUUUAAAGGAAAAAUAAUCACAAGCGAAAAAAAACACACUGCCUGAUUUGAUUCAUGCAAAAGGAACAUAAAUGUUGCUUUAUAGGUAAGAUUUAUCGAUGGUUUCAUGCGGAAAAUUUCAACAUUUUAAACGAUUUGGGCAUUUUCACCAUCACCUAAUAUUUUAGCAAAAAAUGUUUAAACAAAAAAUUAUUAGAGAAAUAAUCUACUUGUGGGGACUAAUUUAUUCAACAACUGAAGCAGCCGUUCAGAAAGGAGCACCUUUCGGACAGUUGGUAGGGUUAAAAUAUGAUGUAUUUUUGUAGCUUAAAAUUGUUAAUUUAUUCUAUUGCCAUUAUAACAAGAGCGUGUAUUGCCGUCACGUCAAUGUGCACUGAGCUAAAUUUGACACAUUAAAGCCAGGUGCGUACCUCACGCGAAAGCCAAGCGACUUUUGGUGACGGUACGCCCCGGUGGUUAAAAUUGUGACGCAAGAAAAUUCACUUCGCUUUUGCUUGUGUUAAUAACCAUGAUCUUGUUUGUAAGAAAACCCAAUAUGACUGAGUUCUGUUUUGGCGCAUAUGUUUGACAUCAGCAUAAUAAUUACGGAUACAGAUUAAUGAAGAGUUCGUGUAACCACUGCAAUUAAUGUAGUCCUGGGAAAUUAAUACAUAAGGGAAAUUUUGCAUUAAGCUUAACUCUUGUUAAAUCCGCCUGUAUUUAAAGAACAACCCCUGUUAAAUCUGCCUGUAUUUAAAGGCAGUGGACACUAUUGGUAAUUGUCAAAGACUAGACUUCACAGUU